AUGGAAGGUGGGACGAGUUCGUCGAGGAGCACCAUACAGGCUUGUGCUGCUUGUAAGUACCAACGCAGGAAGUGCGGACCCAACUGCAUUCUCGCACCUUUCUUUCCUCAUUAUCGCCAAAAACAGUUCCUUAAUGCUCACAAGCUUUUCGGAGUUGGCAAAAUCACCAGCAUGAUCAAGCCUCUUGACCCUGUUAACAGAAACUCAGCCAUCAACUCCAUUAUCUUUGAGUCUGAUAUGAGAGCCAAAGACCCUGUUGGGGGCUGCUUUAGAACCAUUCUUUACUUGCAAUCUGUCAUUGCUUCUGCAGAAUCUGAACUCCAAUUUCUCCUUCAACACCUUGCCUUCUUCAGAGCACAACCUCUUCAUUCCAUCGCCACACCACAACCACCUUCCUCCUCCCACCACCCUUAUCAUCAAGGAAUGUCACUUCAAGAAUCAAAACAAGAACUUGGAAAGGAUCCCUCACAACUUCAACGACAACAACAACCAAAAGAUCCCUGCUUUAAUUACAAUGCAUUGCAAGAAGAUAUGAACGUGUCCGACAUUGACAACUUAGUACCUUUCUCUCCGUGGCUAUCGCCGCUCGAUGAUAUCAGCCAAUAUCAACAUCCCUGA